CGAAGCCCUGCAUGCAAAGCGGCAACAAUUACUGAUCUUACCAUGCAUGUGCCGUCGUCAAUCAACUAUAGCCCCGCGGCACUUAUGAAAACUAAGCCAUCGAGGUGGAGAACACCUGAAUUUGCUUUCUAUGGGGUCGCGUUCCUCGUGGUCGUGCCCUUCAUCUUCAAGUCUGCAAUUGAAUUAAGCCAGACCUCUCAUCCGAACUACAUAAUGUAUCAGGACCGACUUUCCAAUGGUUGGCUGUUUGGGCGCAAAGUGGAUAACAGUGACAUGCAGUACAGGUCAUUUAGGAACAAUUUCAUGUCACUUCUUUUCCUGUCUUCCGUACACCUCAUCUCCUCGAAGCUUUACACAAAGUGUGUUCACGCUGGGCCUUCGCCCUAUAGCCAAAACUCUACGCGGGCUCCCUUCCUUCUUAUUACGUCUAUCUCUCUCAUAUUUAUUCUCCACGGGGCUAGUGCACUCAAAAUCCUCGGCAUAUUGAUAUUGAAUUACCUAUUGACCAAAUCUUCCGCUGGACAGCGUUAUGGUGUUUAUGUCGCGUGGUCGUUCAACAUUUUCAUUUUAUUCGCGAACAAACACUAUGAUGGCUAUCGCUUUGAAAGUUUGCACGCCUCCCUGGCAUUCCUGGAUGCAUUCCGGGGGGUCUACCCUCGUUGGAGCAUCUCAUUCAAUGUCACAAUACUUCGCCUUAUUUCUUUUGGAUUGGACUUUAACUGGGCCAGCAGAGCAAUGAAUACAGAAUUGAAUCAGCAAAACUCGAAAAGUUUUACUUCAGACGAUCGUCAUCGCAUCUCGGACCCGCAUCCCCUUGAGAUGUACAAUUUGGUCAACUACGUAUCUUACACCCUAUAUCCUCCUCUCUACAUUGCCGGUCCGAUCAUGACUUUCAACGAUUUUGUUUGGCAGUUACGCGAGCCUGUCCAAAUAUCCCGACGAACUCGAGUCGGCUAUGCAUUGCGGUUCCUCGUAUCUCUUUUGACGAUGGAGUUUGUGCUACACUUCAUGUAUGUUGUCGCCAUCAAAGACGCGAAAGCUUGGACAGGAGACACGCCUUUCCAGCUCGCCAUGAUUGGGUAUUGGAAUCUAGUCAUUAUCUGGCUUAAGCUCCUGAUACCGUGGAGAUUUUUUCGUUUGUGGUCGCUACUAGAUGGAUUUGAUCCUCCAGAGAACAUGAUCAGAUGUGUAUCAAACAAUUACUCUACACUUGGCUUCUGGAGGAGUUGGCAUAGGAGCUAUAACCUAUGGUUGAUCCGGUACAUUUAUAUUCCACUCGGAGGCGGGGACAAGCGUUCGUUCGGCAUUAUCCCCAAGCUCAUCGUCUUCACAUUUGUUGCACUAUGGCAUGACUUGUCUACACAGCUACUCGCUUGGAGUUGGCUUGUAGUGCUCUUUAUCAUUCCCGAAGUAAGCUGCACGAGGCUAUUUCCGGAGAGCAAGUAUGAUGGGAGAAGCUGGUAUCGGCACGUCUGCGCAGUGGGCGGAGCUCUUAAUAUCAUUAUGAUGAUGCUGGCUAACCUUGUUGGCUUCGUACUUGGAGCUGAUGGAGUCCGGUACUUGGUAAACCAGCUCUUGCAUGAAUGGGAAGGUGCAAAAUUCCUUCUGGUCGCUCUGCCAUGCUUGUUUAUUGCCGUCCAAGUCAUGUUUGAGUAUCGAGAAUCGGAGAAAAGGAAAGGCAUUUUCAGAAAGUGUUAGGCUGGGGCAGAAUUUGUUAAUUGUUUUGCGCCAACAUAUUGGUCCCGAAGAAUUUGAAGCGAUGCCAUGGCCAAGAGCAGCAUAUCGCAAUGAACCCUUCUAACCAUAUCUUCGUAUAACAUUUAAUUUUAGUAUUCCUUCAACCCCUCGAUCUCUUCUUGGCUUCGAGCCAGGUAUGAUAUUGCCUCCGC